AUGAAAGUUGAGUCCGAGGGGCCCCCCUCAACGGGUGUCCCCUCUCAGCAACAGGCUGUUGCUGCACAUCCCUCGGGGCCCCCCAACAGCAGCAGCAGCAACAGUAGCAGCAGCAACAACAACAACGGCAGCAACUAUGACAGCAGCAGCAGCAGCAGCAGCAGCUUCUGCAGCAGCAGCUUCAGCAGCAGAUUUUUAAAUCGCCAGGUCCUAGUAGGAGUUCGUUUCCGUCCUCCUGUACUGUCUCCUACUGUCCCUCGUCGUCAUCUGCUCUCCCCUUCUAGGGGCCCCCAAGGGGGCCCCCACCAAGGGGGCCACUCAGGAGGCCCCUCUGGUGGCUCUUCAGGGGUCCCCUUAGCUGAGGGGGCCCCAGAGGAUGCUGCUGCUGUGUCUCCUACCUCUGGUGUAUGCAGAGCUUCAGACAGUGCCGAUGCCUCACCAGGAGAGGGUACAGGGGCCCCCCAAGGGGCCCCCUCAGGGGCCCUCUCCUCCACAUCUUCAUUAGGUACCCUCCCUGGAGGGGGCGCCUCCACUUCUUCUUUAAGUUCCGUCACUGGGGGGGGCCCCUCUUCCACAUCUUCUUUAAGUACUCUGACUGGGGGGCCCCCUCCUAAGGGGCCCCCCAAAGUUGUAAGGAGGCCCCCUUGGGCCCGUAAGGGCCCACAAGAUAGUAAUUGGGCCCUAAGAGAAGAAGAAUCUGAUGGUUGGGUAUUAGCAGCACCAUGGGCAUUAGACAUGGGGGGCCCCCUAAAUGGGGGGGCCCCUCAGGUGGAUGGGGCCCCCUCCGUUUCGGAUAACUGUACCCAUCCUGGGGGCCCCCCAAGGGUAUGGGAUGGAUAUAAAGAUGUAUGCUAUGAGGCGGAUUGUUUAUUACCUCCAGGGUCUACUAAUGCUGAGGUGUACGUACACCUCGUUAAGGAUUGUGUUGCUGCUGCUCUCCAUGGUUAUAAUGCUGCCGUCCUUGCUUAUGGGCAAACAGCUAGUGGUAAGACCCAUACAAUGUUUGGGGGGGGCCCCCAGGGGCCCCCCACAAGGGCCCCGAGCAAGGUGGCGGGUGGCCUCCAGAAGGGGGCCCCCACCAAGGGCGGGGGGCCCCUACAGGGCCCCCGCAAGGAAGAGGAGAAAGGAGUAAUAGAAAUGGCAUUAGGAGACAUAUUUAAGGAAAAGGAGACAAGAAGAGAAGGAGACACUUUUACUGUCUCCGUAUCUAUGCUAGAAGUAUACCAGGAGACAGUUACGGAUCUGCUGCAGGGGGGCCCCCAUGGGGGGCCCCUAGGAGGAGUGGGUACCCCUGGGGGGCCCCCUUCUGCAGCAGCAGAUGCAAGGCCUAAAAGGGCCAUCUCUCUCUGCGAAAGAGCUGACGGGACACUAGAUUUAGGGUCUCUCUCCUCCUUCCCUGUCUCCUCCUUAACGGAGGCCCUGUCUCUUGUACAAAGGGGACAGCAGCAAAGGCAUGCAGCAGCAACAGCAGCAAAUGCCCGUUCCUCUCGUUCCCAUGCAGUGCUGCGGAUCGUCCUUACCCAUACAGCAGCAGCAGCAGCAGGAACAGCAGCAGCAGCAGCAGCAGGCGUAUCCAGUGGGGUUGCCUCGGGAGAGGGGCCCCCCAAGGACAGCAGCAGUACAGGGGCCCCCCCUCGGGGUCCCCGUCGUACUUCUGUGUUAAGCUUGGUAGACCUAGCAGGGUCAGAGAGUGCAGGGGGCCCCAAAGGGGUAACGGGGGGCCCCCAAGGGGUAAAGGGGGCCCCCAUAACCCAAAGAGAAGGUGGCAGCAUAAAUAGGAGUCUCCUUGCUCUAUCUAGGGUAGUAAAGGCCCUAACACAGCAGCAGAAGCAGCAGCAGCAGCAGCAACAGCAGCAGCAGGAGCAGCAGCACGAUACUGGGGUUCCUACUGGCUCAUCUAUGGAUACAGACGGGGCCCCUACCCCUGUGGGUACCCAUCGUCGUGCUGCUGGGUCUAGUGCAGCAGCAACAGGAGCAACAGGAGCAACAGGAGCAACAGCAGGAGCAUCAGGAGCAGCAGCACCUGCUGCUGCUGCUGCUGCUGCUGCUGCUGCUGGUCCCCCUUUCCUAGGUAUAAGGGACUCGAAGCUUACCCGUCUCCUUAGUGAUUGCCUAGGGGGCCCCUCUAAGACAUCCGUCAUCUGUCUCUGUUUACCAGGUGUCUCCUUUUAUAGACAAACAGCAGCAACAUUAGCAUUUGCUAAGGAUGCUAGCAAAAUACCUAUUGCACAGGAGACUGGGGGCCCCCAGGGGCCCCACGGGUCCCUACAUGGGGGGCCCCAUCAAGGGGGCCCCCAUAAAUCCAAAUAUAAAAGGCCAAGGAAGGAACUUGAACCUGCAGCAGCAGCAGCAGCAGCAGCAACAGCAGCAGGAGCUGUAUCAGGUGAUGCAGGAGGAGCAGCAGGUUCGUGUGUACAUGAUGAAUAUACAGAAGAGGGUUCCUCUACAGGGGGCCCCUCUACAUCUGGGGGCCCCCCUAUAGGGGCCCCCCAUCAUAGACAAUUUGUAUAUAUACCUACAGGGUGCCAACAAUGCCGUGUAUUGUAUAAGGGACUAAAAGAAGCAAAAGAAGAAAUUGCCUACCUAAGGGUACAAUUAAGACAAUUUAAAUAUGUUGUUAAUAGGGGACUUGCUGCUGCUGCUGCUGCUGCUCCUGCUGCUGCUGCUGCUGCUCCUGGUGCUGGUGCUCCUGCUGCUUCUACUAAUGCGCCUCGUCCUGGGAAUGCUGCAGCAGCUGCUGCUGCUGCGCCUGGUGGUGCUACUAGCCUCAGCAGCAAUGACACUACCAACGGCAGCAGCAACUGCAGCAGUAUAUGCAGCAGCAGUAUCAGCAGCAGCAGCAGCAGCAGCAACAGCAGCAGCACGCCACGGAGGACGGAGCCAGACAAACUAAGGUAUGUCUAUAACCAAGGUUCUGGGUCUCUUGGGGUGUAUGGGGCAUCAGCAGCAGGAAAAGAGAAUACAGCAGCAGCAGCAGCAGCAGCAGCAGCAGCACCAGCUGCUUCAGCUGCUGCAGUGCAGCAGCAAACUCUUAACUAUGGUUUAGGUGUCUGCUACAAACCCCCACAGACAGGGGCCCCAGUAGACACACAUAAGGGGGCCCUUGGGGGGCCCCUCUCGGGGCCCCACAUGCCUCAGCACGAGCAGCUAAAGAAAGAUCCCUAA